AUGUGCAAACAUUUGGUACUAGUGCCUUUGGAAACCAAUGAAACGGAUCACAGCGCGAUGAAAAAAACGUGUAAACCAGCAAUGCUGCACAGGAUAUGGCAGGCCAGCCGGAGGGCCUUGAACCUGGAACACUCGCCCCCUUACGUGUUCGCUUGCUCCCAAUGGCAGCAUGGGACACAACCGGUGACAUCAUACCUAGUUUAUAGGUGGUUAUUAUUUCUCACCGUACUAUCAAUUGGCUUGUCAAGUUUUGCCUGUCAACGGCUGCCUCGGCAUUACGAUGGACCUAAGGUGGAACUUAAUUACUUUAAAUGGUUCAUUUAUUUUACCAACUGGGGCUAUCUGCUCAUCGUGCUUCAAGCUGGCCUGGCACUCGCAGUGGUCCACCGAUACCGAAAUCAAAGAACUUUCAACAUACCAUGCGAAGAUGAAGAGAUUCCAAUGCCACGUCGACAGAGGACACCGUUAAUAUGUCGAGCGUACUGGCUGGCUCAUACCGUUGCUACCGACCUUGCUUUCGUCAUUACGCUUGUCUAUUGGACGUUGGUUCAUGAUCCUAGGAUUCAUGAAAUCAACACAUUAAACCUACUAGUACAUGGGGGCAACUCUUUAGUAAUGCUAAUUGAGCUAGCCGUCACCGCUCAUCCAGUACGAGCAGCUCACGCUCUAUUCGGCGCAGGCGCAGGCCUCGCGUAUGGAGUGUUUAGCGCUUUUUACUGGGCAGUUGGCGGCACUGAUCGAUUAGGGCUUCAUUCCAUAUAUCCAGCACUUGAUUGGAAUAAACCAGGCUCAGCGCUCGGUUUCGUAGCACUAUGCGCAGCAGUCAUGAUAUUUGCACAUGGCGUAGCGACUUGCAUCGCCUGUGCGCGGUCUUACCUUGCAGCCAGGAUGUUGCCAGCUCGCUCCCAGGCGGACCGUCUUACUCUACCCACGCAC